AAUAAACCGUACCGUACCCCAUAUACUGGUACGGUACGUGUCAUCAGUGCAUCAGCUGUAUUUUUCAGUUGCAUAAUCAUAUCCUUUUGUGUACUAGACUGUACGUGUAUGAGAUGUAUCGUAAUAGACUAGACGUGCAAUGCAGUGGUGUGACAGUGACGGUGAACGGAAACACGGGGGUGGAGUUAUGGUUGUGACUUUUUGUUUCGGGCGACUUGCCAUUCCAAUCUUCACAAGCAACCAAAACUAUCGAGUAAUGCACUGACUCAGUCAUUCUGUGCCACGUAUUGCCACUGUCAGACUGUGCCAGUCACUUUGCUUUGACUUAAGAGUCACUCACUAUACAAAUACUAGUUGUCGAUCAUAUUUCCCCCCAGUUUAAUUCAUUGCAAUGGCAAUAGCAAUUGGGAGGCCCAAGUGUUUACUUCUGCUUGAAGUUUGCAUGCUGGCCAUACAGUGCCUUGCAGUGGUGAGGAUUUGCACUGCACACCCACAGUGCUUGGACUUUUUUGCACCAUUUGACCAUAAUCAAGAGCAGCAGCCGGAGUUCUGCACCCUAUACGAUGAGUUUGGAUGCUGUACAAAAGAAAUGGAUCUAGAAAUCCGGCAGAACUUUGAAGAUAUUGUGGCGGAAUACAAGGGAAUUCAUGGACCACUCACGACAGAUUGUCUCAACUUCCUGAAAGAGAUUCUCUGCCAGGAGUGUUCCCCGUACGCUGCCCAUCUCUUCGAUGCAGAAGCCACGCAACAGAGAACACGACAGUUGCCUGGGCUUUGCAACAGUUACUGCACCGAUUUCCACCGCUCCUGCAGCCAACUUGUCCCCUUCAUCACCACGGAAGAGUCCGUGCGACAGGCCGCCGCCAACUCAGCAACUGAGUUUUGUGAGAAGAUGGCCAUCACAGAUGUGGAUUAUUGCUACCCUGAUGUCUUGGCCAAUGAUGAUCUCUCGCAGUGGGUUGAGGAGGCCCAGUCCGGUACCGGUCGUGGCCAGUGUCUGUGUCUUGAGGAGUUUGCCAACGGUCUUCAAAACCCCCUCCUCGCCAUCCACGCCAACGACAACACCCACCGUUUCUUCAUUGCCGAGCAGAUAGGAAUCAUCCACGUGUUUCUGGAGAACCGGACCAGGCUGGUUGAACCCUUCCUUGACAUCCAAGACUCGAUUUUAACAUCCAGCCGGAGGGGCGAUGAACGGGGGCUACUGGGCGCUGCCUUCCAUCCAAACUUCACCCGCAAUUCCAAGUUUUAUGUCUUCUACAGCUCAGGAAGCUCCAGUGACCAGCUCAUUCGCAUCAGCGAGUUUAUGGUCUCGCCAGAGGACAUGAAUGUAAUUGACAUGCAGACGGAAAAAGUGAUUCUGGAGGUUGAUGAGCCGUAUGCCAACCACAACGGAGGCCAGUUAAUGUUUGGGCUGGAUGGCUACUUGUAUGCUAGUAUUGGUGAUGGAGGGGCGGCCGGUGAUCCACUGGAUAGUGGCCUCAAUAAGAACACUCUUCUAGGAAAAAUCAUCCGUAUUGAUGUGGACCACCCGGCCACCAAUCAGACCUAUGGCAUACCCCCGGACAACCCCUUUGUUGGACAGGAAAACGCCCGCCCCGAGAACUACGCCUAUGGAAUCCGCAACAUAUGGAGGUGUGCGAUAGACAGGGGUGACAGAGAGAGUGGGUACGGCAAGGGUCGAAUCUUCUGUGGAGACGUCGGCCAGUCACGGUUUGAGGAGAUUGAUAUCAUCGUCAAAGGCGGGAACUACGGCUGGCGAGGGAGGGAAGGCUAUAGCUGCUACAAUGACGAUCAGUGCAAUGAUGAGUGGCUCGCUGAUGAGAUUCUACCCAUUCAUGCUUAUCCGCACUCUGUGGGCAAGUCAGUCACAGGAGGUUAUGUGUACAGAGGCUGCCAAUCGCCCAAUCUAAACGGCAAAUAUAUCUUCGGUGACUAUGUCAGUGGCCGACUUUUCUUCCUCACGGAAAAUGCAACACGUGAUGAAUGGGAAAGCCAAGAGAUCUGUAUGGGCGACUCGUCUACAUGCCUGGGGAAAUUAGUCAGUUCUUACCCUAAGAACAUCUUGUCAUUUGGCGAAGACGAAGCAGGUGAAGUUUACAUGCUGGCAACGAGCUAUGCAAGCACAACGUUCAAUGGAGGACAGGUGUUUAAGAUUGUAGACCCAGCAAGGAGGGGAAAUCCAUCGGAGUGUUUUGGGGAGAAGGAAUCGGUGGACGUCAAUGGACCAACUGUUGAUUUCAAGCCCAGUGAUGCCAGAGGCAGGGGCCGUAAGCCUUCCGUCUGCAAAGAGGAGGAGGAUCGGGGAACCAUCAACAACCAGACAGUGUGCACUGCAGACUUUGUCCUGUCAGGCAAAGUGGUAUCCGUCAAGCAGUUCAGCCGCGACAGGCGGGUGCACCUCAAAGUCUUCACAGUAGAUCACCAGGCCCCGUACACUCCCCGCAUCUCCAAGGAAGUCACAGCCACAGUCACCUGCAAGCCCCACCGGUGUGACUGCCCCAACCUGCAGGUGGGCAGGAUGUACUACCUGAGUGGAACCUACCAGAGGAACUGGAAGCGCUUUGUGCUCAACGCCAACUCCUUCUGGCAAGAUUGGACCUGGUUUCUGUCCUUCCAGGUCAAAGUGCACAGUAUCAAGUGUGGUUGGAUGUGAACAAAAAAACAACCCAAAAUCAACCCUAAAACAACCACUAAAAACUUAUUCAAAACAUAAAACAAUAGAUAUUUGCUUGGCUACAAUAGGUUAACCGUAGAAGUGUCGUGCGACGAAAAGUUCUUGUUGCUGAUUCUUAGCUGAUUACUCGGCAACAGUUUCUGCAAAGCAGCUUCUCGAAAUUGGUCCGCGAUUUUGAUGCCAGGUGACUGAGUACCCACAAAUAUAGAUCAUAUGCACUGCAGCCAUCGUUGAGGCAUGUACUUUUGUUCAAUGAGGAUACACACCAGUAGACCUCUUGUGCAUUCAUUGGUUAUGAAUGAAAACAACAAAACGCACCUCAAAGUUGACUGCUGAAUGCCAUUAAUCUAUACCAAUGUUUACAUAAUGUACCUCUGACUAGCAUCAACAACAGUUGGUAUUAUGUAUCAUAAGCGUAGGAGUGAACAGAGAAUAAUGCAGCGCAUCUUUUUCCCGUGAGGCUACAUAUAGGACACACUACAAGAAUGUUAGCUUUGGUCAAGGCAUUCGACAAUAGUGUCUGUUGAUCAAUGGUUUGCUGCUAACAUAAAUAAUAGCUGCGCGCUAUGGCUCACAUGUUCUAUACGAAGCGUGAACAGCAACCUCACUUGGCCAGGCUACAAUAUGCAAAUCAGUUGGUGCUGGUUGAACCCCUUGGAACAACGGUAGAGUUUUUUCAGGCAGUUUUUGUUAUUUUGUCGCUAGAUUGAUGUCAAGUUUUAUUUGGUCUGAGGACUCCAAACUUGUUGGAGAAUGUAGCCACACUAUCCAGCUCUCUAUCCAUGUACAAUAUGAGCCUUCACGACCAAGUACUGAAUAAUAAAAUCAUCUUUAUUCGCACAGGAGCUCGUCGCUGGAAAUCCAGCGAGAAAUUAAGAAAAACAUAAGCCAAGGCGCUUGGUUGUUGCAAGGGGUUCGACUAGCACCAACUGAUUUGCAUUUUGUAGCCUAGCCGCAUAUGAGGUCACUGUUUGCACUCCAUACAGUUGACAGUACAUGUGAAUGCAUACAUGUAGCACUGUUCAUGUUAGCACCCGACCGUCGAUCAUCAGACACUAUCGUCAAACAACUUGACCAAGGCUACAAGAACGUUUGUCAUGUGUAACUUGUACAAAUGAUAGUGAUGGGGCAUCUAUACAGAGGUUCACAACCGACACCUGUGUUAAUUAUUUUCAAUGAUUUCAGAACAAAAAUACGAGUUGACUGGCAAGAUCUGACUAGCACUAUCAAAUUCCUUUUGUUGUACUUAUAUUUUACACAUUAUCAUUGCUUUUCAAAGCGACAAUCUAUUUGGAUAAUUCUGUUAGUUAUUUAGUAUUUUUUUGGGAGGUGGGGUGGGGUGGUGUUGGGGUUGUAUCAAAAAGAGAGUGUGCAGAUUCUUUGGAUGAUCAUUCUCCUUGAACAGUAACAGAAUUGACAGACUUUUGCAAAAUACUGCAAAAAAUAAAUGUUGGUGGAUUUGAGUGUGUGGGAUUUAUAUUAACGAAUUUUGUACAUUGACGAAUUUUGUGUCAUUUUCAUUUACGGGUUUUUGGGUAAAUUAUCUAUGAAAAACAUGGUACUUGUCGUUUUCCAAAUCUUUUGUAACCAAAUUUUGUAUAAAAUGUUUUUGGUGUAUACUUUUUUGACUGAAGCAAAUUAUAUGCUAUUAUUUGCUUGAUUAUGCAGUUAAAUUGGUAAGGUGCAGGGAUUAUGAUUAACGAUUUAAAAAACUUGAAAAUUCUCUUGUUUGGUAAUGAAAUUACUUGUAUAUGUUGGAUUAUAAAAUAUUUUUCACAAGCAGAAAUAUUUUUGAUAGCAUGUCAUACUUUGUAUGAUUUUUUUUAUUGAUCAUUUUAUGAUUGCAAGUUUAAAUAAUCAUUUAUACAUGAAAAUAUUUAAAAUAUAUAUUGCCAAUACUCAGUGUCAUAUUUUUCUAAAUUUAAUAAAAAAAAUCCUGUUGUUUUGCAAGUGCUCCUUCACAAAUAAAAUAGACAAUGAAGUAAAUUAUAA